UCGGAGUAGCCACUUGAAUGACAGUAAAAAAUUAUAUUUUAAAUAUUUUAAAAUUCAGUGCGGAAGUUUUAAAGACCGCCCUCCCCUGGAUGCCUCAUGUUAUCAUUGUCUCUGCUGUCAAAGAAACAACAACUUCAACUUAAAUAUUUAAAAUGAAUCCAAACGGGACUGUGAGUGUACAUUAUGACGGGUUUCAAGCCCAAUUCAGGGCUGUAAUGGAAACAAUAUUACAGGCUGCAGUUUGGGAAGCAACGAAGCUUUUUGAAGCCUCUUUACAGCACUUGAAAGCGGAGUUGGUGCAGUUGAGACAGGAGAACGUCAACCUAACGACAGGUGGUUCAUCCAUUCCAGACAUAAGGAGAAACACGGCAGAAGGAAAUCCGAGCAUUGACUCUAAAUAUCGAGAUGUUGGCGUGCAAUGUGAAAAGCCCAUUUUGGUGGACCACGGCUGCGAUCCUCAUCCUUGUAUAGGACAGCUUCUUCAUGUGGGAGACUUCACAAGUGAUAAACUCGCUGAUCUCUGUGCCAGUGAGGAUGGCAGGAAACAGCUUGCUUUGCUUCUCAUCAAACAAGAGCCCCAGGAGACUGAAUGUAAUAACUUUGCACCAGGAUACUUUCUACUGAAGCAAGAGGGUGCUGAACCAAUACUGGUGCGCAAAGAGCCAAAUAAGGAAACCAUGGAAAGGGUUGUGAUCCCACCAGCUUUUCAACAAAUAUCCAGCCUCCAUGGUAUCUCUAGGGAGAAAUCACCUCAAUCUGUGACUUCCUCCUGUAGUCGCAGAGUGAAUAUUUGUGCUAACAAAUCCAACCAGCGUAUACAUCCAGCCAGAGAUACAGCUAAAAGAUCAUUUGAAAAUACUGAAGACUCAUAUUCCCAAAGGCAGACAGAAGGAGCAAGUGCCAUUGCACCAACCCAGGCAUCAACUUUUGCAAAACAACAUGCCAAUUCAACCCAAACUCCUGUUUCUAUGGUUAACUUAUCAGUGCCAAUGAUUGAACUAUCUGGUGCUCCAGAGUGCAAAUCAGUACCUCAAACCAAGCCGACAGCAGUUCAUCUUGAACCAAACCAACAUUCUAAAAGAUCAAACCAAACGCUUUUCUAUCAGCAAGAACUUGCCUCAAAUGUCUGUCAUCCAAACACCUUCCGUUCCACCCAGUUAGCACAACCCACCAUUCCUCAAAGUCAAGUCUUAGUACAGGAGGCACAUUUUUCCAAACAACCGGUUAAGUCACAUGUUACACAUACAGAGAAAACUCUUUCAACAAGUCAGUCUACAGAGUUAUCAACCUGUUGUUCUCAGCUGACUCAACAGACCAUGUUUUCACCACAGGCCAUUAUGUCAUCACCAGUCCAGGAUCUCCCCUCCAGUCUUAUUCCACCUCAAGCCCAGGUUUACGCUUCAACUCCGCAGAUGAGUCCGUCAUUCCAGUUUCCAUUGGUGCCACAACACAAUCCGUCUCUGGCAACUCAACCUUCUUAUUUUACAACUCAUAUUCCAUUUACAUCUUCCCACCAUCCAGUUACACCAAUUCAGAGUUCCAUCUCUACACUUUCGGGUUCUUCAACAGAAACUCUAAACCCACCCCAUCAUCCUACACUUAUGCAAUCUCAAUAUUCAACACAACUGGAUCAGUUCUCUUCUUCUGACCAUUAUUUUUCUCCGCCUGAUAAUACGCCAGGUUUGCUUGAAUCUCUGGAUACCCUGCAUUUGCACUCACCCAUUCUUAUAACGGCACAAGAUGCUCUAGAACAUACGUCUAUGCAUCAUUUGCAGCCAUUGGGGAAACUUGCACCUCUGCUUACGCCGAAAGAGCAACAAGCUGCAGUUUCCGCCAGUUCUAUUGUUGUUAUAGGGAGGGGAACCCAUUUCACAUUCAGAGACGCCUUUGGAAACAGCAGAAAUACAGUUUUCUCCUUGCUGUAG